CCAUGAUUUCUCGUUUCUGCUCCUCGUUUAUCAACUGAAUUUCAAAGUGCCAUCGCUAAGCAAUCCCACCAGUUUUUGCCUUUUGAGCAUUAAUUUUCAUUUGAUAUCUUGAUAAAGUUGUUCACAACAACAUCAACAUGGAUGACAAGGCUCUCGGUUCUUUUGGAGACUUGGAGCUUGCCGAUCAGGCCGGAAGCGCAAGUCCAAUUCCAGAUGUUGGCGGCAAUUGGUCCAACAUGACCAGAGACGAAAGAGAGAUGGCAUUCUAUGGCAAAAAGGAACAACUGAAGCGGAGAUUCGGCUUCCUAUCCAUUACCGGAUUCAUUUGCAGUCUGCUAGCAACUUGGGAAAUACUACUUGCUGUCUUCCUAUACGGCUUUGAGAAUGGAGGUCCUGCCGGCCUGGUCUAUGGUUAUAUCUUCUGUUGGGUUGGCACACUCGCGUCGAUGGCUUCAUUGGCAGAGUUGGCUUCGAUGAUGCCUUUAGCAGGUGGGCAAUACCAUUGGGUGUCUAUUUUAGCGCCGCCCAGCACAGCAAAAUUCCUCAGCUUUAUUACAGGUUGGCUUACAGUAAUUGCCUGGGAGUUCGGCCAAGCUUCUGCGGGUUUCCUCGGAGCAACAAUUAUCCAAGGACUAAUCAUCCUCAAUCAGCCCAACUACGUGCCUACUAGAUGGCAAGGCACACUCCUCUAUUAUGCUGUUCUAGCUUUUAUGGUAUUUAUAAACACAUUCCUAGCAAGAUGGCUUCCUAAGGUUGAGGGAGUAUUUCUUACAAUCCAUGUAAUUGGAUUCUUCGCAGUGCUUAUUCCGUUGGUGUAUUUGGGUCCUCAUGGCGAUGCGAAAGAUGUCUUUGCAACUUUUAUCAACGGAGGCGGAUGGAGCACUGACGGGUUGUCAUUUUUCGUUGGGAUUAUUACCAGUGUCUACACUUUCACAGGAGCUGACAGCGCCAACCAUAUGGCUGAAGAGGUCCACAAUGCUACGACAGUUGUUCCUUGGGCCAUAGUCGCAACCAUAAUUGUCAACGGAAUUUUGGGCCUUGCAAUGCUGAUUGCACUCUUAUUUUGCCUUGGGAAUACUGACGCUGCCCUGAAUACUCCCACCGGAAUACCCUUCAUCGAGAUCUUUGCCCAGGCGACAAGUAGCAAUACGGGUGCCACGGUCAUGGCGAGCCUGAUUCUCUUCCUAGUGGCUGCUGGGUCAAGCGGCACUAUGGCCACUGCUUCUCGUCUUCUGUGGUCAUUGGCUAGAGACAAUGGCGUCCCAUUCAGUGGAUAUAUCAAGCGUGUCCAUCCUUCAACACGUCUCCCCAUAUUCGCAGUUCUUGUCUCCGCUGGCAUUGCCUUUCUUCUCGCUCUCAUCAACAUUGGAAGCACAGCUGCUUUCAAUGCAAUCGUGAGCGUCGCCGUGGCAGGCUUUAUGGCAUCCUACACUGUACCCGUCGCUCUCAUACUUUACAAACGACUUCGAAAUGAUCCAGUCAAGGACAAACUCAACUGGGGCCCUUGGUGUAUGGGGCCAAUCUUUGGACCAAUUGUCAAUGCAGUCGGUUUGAUAUACAGUAUCAUUGCAUUGUUCUUUAGUUUUUUUCCGUCUACGGUAACGGUUACGGCCACAACCAUGAAUUGGAGUUGUGCUCUUUUUGGAGGUUCGGUGAUUUUCAGUAUUGUGUACUACAUGGUAUAUGGAAGACACACAUAUAAGUGGCCAGUUGUGGAUACUAUCAGGAGAAAUCAAUAAAUAUAGACAGUGCAGCGAGGCGUUGGUCUGAUAAAAAUGAAACAAUAUGUGAGAGUAUCGCACACUCCUAAAAGCUGCAGAUAAAAAUAACAGACUGACUUCC